AUGGAAAACAUCCUGAGCAAAGUGGACAAAAUCGAGCCGUUCGACGCGAAGGUGAAGGAAGAAUACAACCAGUUCAAGUAUGACGUAACAAAGCAAGCGAUAGAAUCCCUUAGAGAGAGAAUUCCUAAAAGGAUAAUUUACUUCAACACACUGGUCAACGUAAAUGCAGAGCCAGGUUCUAUCCUAGAUGUAAGUGACCUAGAUACAAAUACAUAUAAAUAUACAACUAAUCACACAGAGGAAAAUAUACGGAAGAAACAUAAGACAAACGAUCACGAUGUUAUUGAAAAAAAAAAAGAUUCAAUAGAUAUCAAUAUCAAAAAUGAUACCAAUUAUGAAGAAAAAAAAAUAGUAAUAGAUGAAAAUGUUAUCUAUACUCACUACGUUCCUUCACACAAACAAAUAAGUAAUAUAAAAUUAUGGAUUCAAUUAAAUGUACCCAGAAUUGAAGAUGGAAAUAAUUUUGGAGUUGGGAUUCAAGAGGAAGCUAUACAGGAGCUUGCUAGGGUUGAAGAGAGUGCUUUUAAUUUAUAUGAUGCUAUUGUGAAGUAUUAUAUGGAUAGAGCAAAAUUAUCAACGAAAGUUAUUAAAUAUCCCAAUGUAUAUGACUAUCAGGAAGCUGUUCGAGAGUUAGACAAGAAAGAAUGGAUUCACAUCAAAAUUACCAUUAUUGAUAUGCGCAACAAUUAUAUUAUGCUUUACGAUUUGUUGUGUAAGAAUUGGGAGAAGGUCGUCAAGCCGAAAAAUGAAGAUGCUCAUCAUAGGAUGACUUUCUAG